AGCUCAGCUGAAGUCACGAGGGGAACCAUCGGGUCCGGUGGUUUGGAAGGGGGAGCGGAGGAGCCUCGCCAGCUGCUGUCCCGGUCUCUGCCUGGUGGGAAGAAUCCCGUUUCUGUCCUGAUGGAGUACAGUCAGCGCAGCGGGAACCCCAUUGAAUUCAUCAACACGGGACAGGCCGGCCCACCGCACGACCCGAGGUUCAUGUUCAGGGUGAAGGUCGGAGAGAACUUGUUCGCAGAAGCUUCAGCUCCGAGCAAAAAGGCCGCCCGUCAGCUGGCAGCAGAGGAGGCGGUCAAAGAGCUCAUGGGCGAUGGAAAACUGCAGAUCAACAAGCCUCAGUUGCCCCUCGGUCCUCCCAGUGAUAGUGAAGGGGAUCUUUCCACGGCAUCGUGUCCCACUUUGCCGCCUUUGACGGAAAACGAGUUGCGGGCGGCCCACGAGGCAGGAGUCGGGGACCUCAUCAAUCACCUGAACAACAACGCCGUGUCGGGCCUUCUGGAGUACGCCAGAGCCCGGGGCUUCGCUGCCGAGAUCCGCCUGGUGAGCCAGUCUGGGCCACCUCAUGAGCCAAAGUUUACCUACCAGGCCAAACUGGGCGGACGCUGGUUUCCUCCGGUUUUUGCCUCCAACAAGAAGCAGGGAAAGCAGGAGGCGGCCGACGCCGCUCUCCGGGUUUUGAUUGGAGAAGCGGAGAAGGCGGCGCGAACCGGAGAGCUCAUCCCAACUGAGCUACCAGUGAGCGGCAGCACUCUGCACGACCAGAUCGCGAUGUUGAGCCACCAGCGCUUCAAUGCCCUGACCACACGGAUCCAGCACAGCCUUCUGGGACGCAAGAUUCUGGCCACCAUUGUCAUGAGGAGGGGGGGUCUGGGGACAGUCGUCAGCCUUGGAACCGGGAACCGUUGUGUCAAAGGGGAGGAGCUAAGCCUCAAAGGGGAGACGGUCAACGACUGCCAUGCUGAAAUCAUCAGAAGGGGCUUCGUUCGGUUUCUGUACAGCGAGCUGCUCAGGCACUACGACGGCGCCCGACGACAGCAUAUUUGAGCCGGGGAGGACAACAAACUCCAGAUCAAACCCGACAUCACCUUUCACCUCUACAUCAGCACGGCGCCUUGUGGGGACGGAGCUCUGUUCGACAAGUCCUGCAGCGAGGCGGGAGACGACGCUCAAGGCCACCAGCCUCUGUUUGAGAAUGCGAAGCAGGGCAAGCUUCGUACUAAAGUGGAGAACGGUGAGGGCACCAUCCCGGUGGAGUCCAGUGCCAUCGUCCCCACCUACGGCAUCCAGCACGGCGAAAGGCUGCGGACCAUGAGCUGCAGUGAUAAGAUCAUGCGCUGGAACGUGCUCGGCCUCCAGGGGGCGCUGUCUCCCUGCUUCUUGCAUCCCAUCUACCUGAAGUCCAUCACACUCGGUUACCUGUACAGCCACGGUCACCUGACCCGCGCCGUCUGCUGCAGGCUGGCCAGAGACGGUGAAGACUUCUCCAACAGCCUCCCGCCCUCCUUCCGGUUGAACCACCCAGAGGUGGGCAGAGUCAGCGUGUACGACUCCACGCGCCACACAGGGAAGACGAAGGAGUCAAGCGUGAACUGGUGCCUACCCGACCAGCAGAGUGUGGAGGUGCUGGAUGGGACCAAAGGAAAGCUGGACGGGAACAAACAGGCCGUGUCCCGGGUGUCCAAGUCCAACCUGUUCGGUCUGUUCCGCCAGCUGUGCCAGCGGUGCAGCCGCCCAGACCUCCUCAGCCUGCCCUCCUACGCCCAGGCCAAGAUGUCGGCCACGUCCUUCCAGCUGGCCAAGCAAAUGUUCUUCAAAGCUCUUAGCGUCCACGGCUACGGAGCCUGGAUCGGCAAACCGCUCGAGGAGAAGAGUUUCGAGAUGGCCGACGGAACCAGGAACAGCGAUGCGAGCCUCUUUCUGGGAUAUGGAAAUGUUAAAAAGGAGGGGCCGGGGGAGUCGAAGCAGGGAGAGGUGUAGACCGGUGUGUGUGUGUGUGUGUGUGUGUGUGUGG